GGCUGCCCCUCGGCUUUUCCCUGCUUCUCUUUCCCUUCCUCCUGCUCCUUCCCUUCCUCCUCCUCCUCCCCUCGGGUCCGAUGGCGGCGGGUGACACGGAAAGGGCCCAGCAGCAGAUUGAUGAAAUUGAAGCCCUUUCAUCGAUCUAUGGUGAUGAUUGGUGUGUUGUUGAUGAAGAUGAAAAAAUCUAUUGCAUUAAAAUUAGUGACUGUCUGGAUCAACCAAAAUGGACCCUCUGUUUGCAGGUGAUUUUGCCACCAGGAUAUCCAACUGCAGAGCCACCUAUUUAUCAACUAAAUGCCCCUUGGCUUCGAGGACAAGAUUAUAAAGAACUAGCAAAUAGCUUGGAAGAAAUAUAUAUACAGAACCUUGGUGAAAGUAUACUGUAUUUGUGGGUGGAGAAGAUACGAGAAGUUCUGGUGGAAAAGGCACAGUCUUCAGAUCCAGUAGAACCAGAUAUUAAGAAAACCACUGAAGAAGUUGAUGAAGAUGAUGGAGAUGAUUUUCUCCUAGACUAUCAGCCCACUCAGGAAGAUCAAACUAAAAUGUUAAGUUAUAUGACAUCUGAAAGUCAGGAAGAUGAAGAACUGCCCCCCAUACAUCAUGGAAACCCAAUCACAGAUCGAAGGAGCACUUUCCAGGCACAUUUGGCUCCAGUGGUGACAACCAGACAAGUUAAAAGAGUUCUUGAAAAACUAUAUGAGAACAAGAAAAUUGCAAGUGCUACCCACAACAUAUAUGCUUACAGAAUAUACUGUGAAGAUAAGCAGACGUUCCUACAGGAUUGUGAAGAUGAUGGAGAGACAGCAGCAGGUGGACGUCUUCUCCAUCUUAUGCAGAUUUUGAACGUCCACAAUGUGUUGGUUGUGGUGUCCCGCUGGUAUGGAGGUAUUCUCUUGGGACCAGAUCGUUUCAAGCAUAUAAACAAUUGUGCAAGAAAUGUACUUGUAGAGUACGACUAUGUGCCAUCAACGGAAGAAUCAUCUAGACAAGCUGGAAAGAGCAAAAAGAUAAAGAAGGACAACAAAAAGAAAACAGAACACUAAUUUAUUUUUAGAAAACUUUAAAAUACUAUUUUGCACAUAUUUAUACAAAAAAAACCCUGGACCUUAUUGCUUUAUCUUUUAUGGACAUGUUGUAUUCAGAAGAGAAUUCAGUAAAGCCAUAGAUAUAUUUUCACCUUGUUUUGUGAUUUCUUCUGCUGUUCUGAAGUAGAGCUUAGACACAAAUUUUCUGUUUUCUGUUUCUUACACAUGUGAGCUCCUUGUUAUGAGGACAUGUGUAAGAAACAGAAAUGUCCUGCAGCAUCUGGAGCCAUUGCUCCAUCCCACCCCUUCCCACCAAACAACAGCUGACUUAUUGAUUUCUCUUCUUCUCUGUUCCUGGAGUCAAAUACAUGUCUUGUAUUAGUAAUUGAAUUCUGUAGUUUGUUGUACUGAGAGUGGGGCUAGAGUCAUUCAUACACCAGGUCACUUAGAGAGUUUUGGAUACUCCUUUGUGAAAGGAAAGCAUGGGGCUGAGUGUGGUGUUUGGAGUGCCUGAUCCUGCCUGUGCAGCUCCUGACCAGGUGCUGGACAGGGGCUGCUUGGUGACAUAUGGAAGACUG